AUGCUAGACGAGGAUGAAUGUGCUUUGGAAACCCAUACAUGCGAUUUGGAUGCCACAUGUAACAAUACCAUUGGAUCAUACACAUGUACAUGUGAAGAAGGAUUCACAGGAAACGGGACCUCGUGCAAAGAUGAAGAUGAAUGCGCUUUGGAAACCCAUACAUGUCACUUGGAUGCCACGUGUAACAAUACUAUUGGAUCAUACACAUGUACAUGUGAAGAAGGAUUCACAGGAAACGGGACCUCGUGCAAAGAUAAAGAUGAAUGUGCUUUGGAAACCCAUACAUGUGACUUGAAUGCCACGUGUAACAAUUCUAUUGGAUCAUACACAUGUACAUGUGAAGAAGGAUUUACAAGAAACGGAACAAAAUGUGAAGACGAGGAUGAAUGUGCUUUGGAAACCCAUACAUGUGAUUUGGAUGCCACGUGUAACAAUACCAUUGGAUCAUACACAUGUACAUGUGAAGAAGGAUUCACAGGAAAUGGGACCUCGUGCAAAGAUGAGGAUGAAUGUGCUUUGGAAACGCAUACAUGUGACUUGGAUGCCACGUGUAACAAUACUAUUGGAUCAUACACAUGUACAUGUAAAGAUGGAUUUACAGGAAACGGAACCUCGUGUAUGGACGAGGAUGAAUGUGCUUUGGAAACCCAUACAUGCGACUCCGAUGCCACGUGCAACAAUACCAUUGGAUCAUACACAUGUACAUGUGAAGAAGGAUUUACAGGAAACGGGUCAUCGUGCAAAGAUGAAGAUGAAUGUGCUUUGGAAACCCAUCCAUGUCACUUCGAUGCCACGUGUAACAAUACUAUGGGAUCAUACACUUGUACGUGUGAAGAAGGAUUUACAGGAAAUGGAACCAUUUGUGAAGACGAAGAUGAAUGUGCUUUGGAAACCCAUACAUGUCACUUGGACGCCACGUGUAACAAUACCAUUGGAUCAUACAGAUGUACAUGUAAAGAAAGAUUUACGGGAAAUGGGACAAAUUGUGAAGGUAUAGUAGCAGAUUACGAGCAUGAUAAAUCGUUUAUAAAGUGA